AGGCUUCACGGACAAGGCCGCCUGCGUCUUCCAGGCCGCCGAGGCCGAGCUGAGGUCGCGCGUCGGCUGGGCCUGCAAGAAGGAGGCGCCGGACCGAGCGGCUUCCAGCAGCGACGUCGCAGGAGCGCCUCCGGGCGAGGCGCCCCUGGCUGACGGCGGCGCGCCGGCCCCUGGCAGGCUGCUCAGAGGCGCGACGCAGCCGAUCGUGACCGACGGUCUGGAGGUUCCGUCCACGGCCCUCCGCCGCGGCACAGGCACUCCCGGCGGCGGCGAGGGCGCCUCGUGCACGCUCCGGCGCGGGGAGGAGGCCAGGCGGCUGCCCUGGCGCCCGCGUUCGCUGAGCAGCGACCAGCCGCAGGAGGCGCUCGAUGCCAAGUCCCCGAGCAAGGCGCCCGCAGCGAGGGGCGAGGCCGCGGAGCCGGCGCCGCCGGCCAGCGCGCCCGGCCGCGCCGGCGGCGGCUACUUCACGGGCGACGACCCCGCCCCCGAGGAGGAGCCGUUCCCGGCCAGAAGGCUCGCGCUCCUGGCCUUCGGCUGCCUGGCCCUGCUGGCCACCGGCCACGCCACCGGCGCCGUGGAGAAGCUGGACGCGGAGCACAUUGGGAGCAUGGUGCGAGGGGCCGGAGUCUUCGGCUGCCUGGUGGUGGCGGCGGUGAUGUCGCUCGGGGAGCUGGUGCACGUCCCCGCGGGGGACGGUUGGGUCGUCUACGGCGCUUGCAUCAUGAUUUAUGGCAAGGCCGUCGGCUUCUUGGUGGGAUGGUUUGCCGCGAUCACCAGCGUCACGUUCUCCUUCUUCGUGGUUCGGGCGGUUGGCGGUAAGAGCUUCUCGCAGAUCAAGAGCAAGAGGAUUCGGGCUGUCCUGGCCCAGCUGGACAAGAGGCCGCCCAGUCUCCAACCUGCAACAAUCAUGCAAGCUCGAACUAUACCGACCUGUCGGCGCCAGCAUCUGAAACGUGUUACGUACGUGCGAUCUUUGUUGCCGAUCCGUUUUGCUCG